AUGGCCCCUUUUACUUUCCAUCAUUCAGAGAGCGCUCCUGAAAAGGUCGCAGAACUUGCGAGAAAAUAUAAGGAUGUUUUUGAGAAAAAACCGGGAGAAAUUGAACAUUUCCUAUCGAACUGCAACCCAAAAGUUGGAUCCGCCGCUAUGAUGGCUGCCUUAAAAGCUCUUUACGAUAGCUCUAUCCAGAAGAACAAUGAACAGGGUGCUGAUCGAGCUGUAGAAUUUUUAAAGCAUCUUAUUGAUAGUGGCAACAUGGUGGCAGAACAUUUAAAGCUCAUUCCCGAUAUUGUAUUCCCAUUUGCGCGAAAUGCUGUCACCUACUGCUUCAGGAAAAAGAAUGAGCCGCAAAUUGGUUUGGACCUAGCGCUUGCAGCCAUGCGACUGUUGGUAGAUCCAAAUGAAUGCGUAGUUUCAUCUCUUCACUCUGCUCUUUUUGCCGUUUGUCUACGAGUAAACAAUGUGGAAGCUGCGCUACCGUAUAUCUAUAGGAAUAACCCAGCGACGACCGAAACCUCCGAGCCCGUAGGUCAUGUGAGGAAGCAACGCGGAGUAGCUUCCCAAACACCCGUCUAUUUUGAAUCAAAAUAUAUGAUCCUAUACCUCUAUUAUGGAGCGUUGCUACUAAUGAGACGUAAUGAACUUCGUCGUGCCAUCUCUUUUCUUGAGAGUGCAGUUCUUGUUCCUGGUUCUGCUACAAGUGUUGCCCAAUUAGAUGCACUGAAAAAGUGAUAUUACCUAGCAAGCUUGUUGUACUCUGGUAAAGUGAUAAUGCCCGUGGGUCGCUCGUCGGCAUUGACUCGUGCGUGGAAAUUGGUUGGAGACCCAUAUAUUGCGCUUGCUACAGCUGUACAAUCGAAAGGUGACAAGGCGGGCGCGGUCGAGAAAGUGCUAAAUGAGCAUAGAAAAAUUUUUAAUGACGAUGGAUCCGUUGGACUAAUCAAUCGGAUUAUCAAAGAACUUCGUGAAAAAGCUGUAAUGUCCGUUGCUAAGUCUUUUUCCUCCAUCCCAUUAUCUGAUUUGGCAGCUAGAGCACAUCUUGAUAAUGACGCUGCCGUUGAGAUCAUGGAGGUCAGCCGUUCGAACUUUUAUUUCAAUCUGAAUUCUUGA